GUCCCUUUCAAACAAGGAUAUGUAUUUUACAAAGGGUCGUAUGUUAAGAAAUCUUUUUCUUACCUUGAUGGUUUUGUUCCUUUCUUUUGCUCUUUGGAGAUUUGGCUCUGAACAGUCACCGUCUGAUCUGCAAAUACCUCCUCAGUUCUCAGCUGAUCUGCCUGGUUGUUCGACUAUUAUCACUGGUGAUGUGAAAGGUAAGGAAGGUGAAUUAGAAGGGCUUCUGUCAUCCAGGAAAAAGAAGAAUGUUUUUUCUGAGGACUUCUACAUUAAUGCAACAGUGAACUGUCAGGCUUACAUUGAAAAAAGAGGUUUCAUCACAGCUCCUCUCAGUGAGGAAGAGAAAGAUUUCCCCAUUGCAUACUCCAUGGUGAUCCAUGACAACAUUGAGAUGUUUGAGCGGCUUCUACGAGCUGUUUAUGUUCCUCAGAACAUUUACUGUGUACACGUGGACCAGAAAUCCUCUGCAUCAUUCAUGAAGGCUGUGGCUGCGAUUGCUUCAUGCUUUCCUAAUGUGUUUGUAGCCAGUAAAUUAGAAAGAGUGGUAUAUGCCUCGUGGUUCAGAGUACAGGCAGAUCUGAAUUGCAUGAAAGAUCUGCUAAAUACUCACAUCAACUGGAGGUACCUGCUUAACACCUGUGGGACAGACUUCCCCAUCAAAACAAACAGAGAGAUGGUGAGGGCACUGAAGUUUCUCAAUGGGAGGAACAGCAUGGAGUCCGAGGUGACUUCUGGCUACAAGAAAGGUCGUUGGCAGUAUCACCACAAUAUCACAAAGAGUGUUAUCAACACAAAUGUGAGGAAAAGUGCCCCACCAAUCAGCAUCCCCAUGUUCUCAGGAAAUGCCUACUUUGUGGUCACAAGAGCUUUUGUGGAACAUGUGAUGGAGGACAGAGAGGUUCAGAAGUUUCUGGAGUGGGAGAAGGACACAUACAGCCCUGAUGAGCACUUGUGGGCCACCCUGCAGAGGAUGCCCUCUGUUCCUGGGUCAAUGCCCCAAAAUGGGAAGUAUGACAUGUCAGACAUGCUAGCUUUGGCUCGGGCAGUGAAGUGGUCGUAUUUAGCAGGAGAUAUGAAUAAAGGAGCCCCAUAUUACCCAUGCACUGGUGUUUACAGAAGAUCUGUUUGUGUGUAUGGAGUGGGUGACCUCCCAUGGCUCCUGAAACAACACCACCUGUUUGCAAAUAAGUUUGAUCCAGAGGUUGAUGAUGUUGCCAUAAGGUGUCUGGAAUCAGUGCUGCGUUUCAAAGCUUUAGGUCAUGAUCCACUGUCCACUAGGAAAAUGUGACCAUUGAGUAAAACUUACAAUGAAUUAAAAGUGUCAUUCAUUAUAAGUGAAGUUUGCGUUGUUUGUUGUAAGUAGAAAGUCCUUUCUAAGUUACACCCGUAGAAGACCCUGAGUUUUAUUUUUGCCUUUAGUGGUUAAAAAGAUAAGAAUGUUGGGAGGUGUUGUAACAAAGCAAAGGGGUCUAAUGCCUUGGUUUUUCAACAACUAUGGAGAAUUAGAUUUUUUCAGAUCAGCAAUAAUUUAUACUAAAAUGUCAGUCAUGUAAAUGUAAAAUCCCGUGGCUGUCACUGUUCCUUGUCAUUUUUGGUACUUCUUUCAAGCCUUCUUGUAGAGCUGUUAAUAGUUUCUUGUCAGUGAAACCUGUAAUUGCAGUGCCAUCUAGUGGAGCUCAAGUAUGGCAGAAGAGACAUGCAAAGGUGAAAAACAUUGCUUAAAGUAUGUCUAUUAAACUUUCACAACAGAUCAUUUGAAAUUCAAAUCUUUUCUUUUUAAGUGUAUUGUUUUUGUAUUGUAUUUUUUUUUAUAUUGUAUUUAAACAGAGGUUUCUCAAAUUUUGUCCUUGCAAUUACUAGGUAGUUAACUCAGCUCACAUUGUCUCAAGCAAAAGUUUUAACCUAACUGAAAGCACAUUUACUGCAGAACUACUGCAUUAGGCUACAUUUUUAUUUCCAUAUAGACAAUUAAUAGCUGAGUGCAUGUUGCCUUUUGUUUUUGUUCUUGUAAAUUCUCAUUUCCUGUUAAACAUACUUUUGACCACUACAGAACUAUUGUAGCGCAAAAACUAUCUUGUUAUUCCCCAA